UGGCUUUGCAUCCUUUCUUUCUCUUUAGAUCUCGAGACACCAUCUCUGUGUCUCUCUGUCUCUCGUCCGCCAUGGCCGUAGACAAGAAGCUUCCCCUGCAAACAAGCAACAACGCCAACAUCGCCGUUGCAAAAACCAUCGAAGAAACGUACCAGAAGAAGACUCAGCUCGAGCACAUCCUCCUCCGGCCUGACACUUAUGUGGGUUCGAUCGAGAAGCACACACAGACCCUAUGGGUUUACGAGAACGACCAAAUGGUUUACCGAUCGGUGACCUACGUCCCGGGUUUAUACAAAAUCUUCGAUGAGAUCCUCGUGAACGCUGCUGACAACAAGCAGCGAGACCCCUCGAUGGACGCCGUGAAGGUUACAAUCGACGUAGAGAAGGGAUUGAUCAGUGUGUACAACAAUGGUGAUGGGGUUCCCGUGGAGAUUCACCAGGAGGAGGGCGUUUAUGUUCCCGAGAUGAUUUUCGGGCACCUCUUGACGAGUAGCAAUUAUGAUGACACGAUGAAGAAGACUACGGGUGGAAGGAAUGGGUACGGGGCGAAGCUUACGAACAUCUUCUCGACAGAGUUCAUAAUUGAGACUGCGGACGGGAGGCGACAGAAGAAGUAUAAGCAGGUUUUUACCAACAACAUGGGAAAUAAAUCUGAGCCCGCUAUAACCAAGUGCAAGGAAGGGGAUAACUGGACCAAGGUUUCAUUUAAGCCUGAUUUGGUGAAAUUCAGUAUGACUCAUCUUGAAGAAGAUGUUGUUGCACUCAUGAAGAAGCGGGUGGUCGACUUGGCAGGAUGCCUUGGAAAAACAGUGAAGGUUGAUCUGAAUGGUCAUAGAGUUCCUGUAAAGUCAUUUCUUGACUACGUCGAUCUCUACCUUCGGUCUGCCAAUGUGUCUAGACCAGAACCCCUCCCAAGGAUUGCAGAGAAAGCUAACGAGAGGUGGGAGAUUUGCGUUAGCCUUAGUGAAGGGCAAUUUCAACAGGUCAGCUUUGUGAAUGGAAUUGCCACUAUCAAGGGGGGUACUCACGUUGAUUACGUGACUAACCAGAUAACAAACUAUGUGAUGACUGUUGUGAAUAAGAAAAACAAGAAUGCAAAUCUGAAGGCCCACACCGUGAAGAACCAUUUAUGGGUUUUUGUCAAUGCUUUGAUUGACAACCCUGCUUUUGAUUCUCAAACUAAAGAAACUUUGACAAUUCGUCAGAGUAGUUUUGGGUCCAAGUGUGAACUCUCACAAGAGUUUCUCAAAAAAGUGUCCAAGUCUGGAGUGGUAGAAAGCCUCCUUUCAUGGGCAGAUUUUAAGCAGAGCAAAGAUCUUAAGAAAACUGAUGGAACAAAAAGACAGAGGAUCACUGGAAUUACCAAGUUAGAAGAUGCCAACGAUGCUGGAGGCAGGUACUCUGACAAGUGUACACUGAUUUUGACUGAGGGGGAUUCAGCUAAGGCUCUUGCUAUGGCCGGAAUUUCUGUUGUGGGGCGAAAUUACUACGGUGUAUUCCCGUUGAGAGGUAAAUUGCUCAAUGUGAGGGAAGCGGGUCAUAAGCAGAUAAUGGAAAAUGCUGAAAUUCAGCACAUCAAGCAGAUUCUUGGACUACAACAAGGGAAACAGUACGAUAAUGUCAAGUCAUUGAGAUAUGGUCACCUAAUGAUAAUGACUGAUCAGGAUCAUGAUGGCUCUCACAUUAAGGGGCUAUUGAUUAAUAUGUUUCACUCAUUCUGGCCAUCUCUGCUGAAAAUCCCAUCAUUUUUAGUUGAGUUUAUAACACCAAUUGUGAAGGCAACUCAUAGAAGUGGAAGGGUAUUGUCGUUCUAUUCCAUGCCUGAGUACGAGUCAUGGAAGGAAAGUUUGGGGGACAGUGCAGGAGGCUGGAAAAUUAAGUAUUAUAAGGGGUUGGGAACAAGCAGUUCAAAGGAAGGAAAGGAAUACUUCAGUGAUCUUGGCAAGCACAAGAAAGAUUUCAUGUGGGCAGAUGAGCAAGAUGGGGAUGCAAUUGAGCUUGCAUUUAGUAAGAAAAAGAUAGAAGCAAGGAAGAAUUGGCUACGCCAAUAUCAGCCUGGCACUUGCCUUGAUCAGAAGCAGAGGCUUAUAAAGUACAGUGAAUUUGUCAACAAGGAGCUCAUACAGUUCUCCAUGGCGGACCUUCAAAGGUCAAUUCCUUCAAUGGUAGAUGGCCUCAAACCGGGACAGAGGAAGAUACUUUUUUGCUGUUUUAAAAGGCGGGACUUUACCACAGAAGCAAAAGUUGCUCAGUUUUCUGGUUAUGUAUCUGAGAACUCAGCUUACCAUCAUGGUGAGCAGAAUCUUGCCACCACCAUUAUUGGCAUGGCGCAAAAUUUUGUGGGCAGUAACAAUAUUAACCUUCUUAUGCCAAAUGGCCAAUUUGGCACCCGCAACCAGGGAGGCAAAGAUCAUGCAAGUGCAAGAUACAUUUUCACUCAGUUGUCUCCUCUCACGCGUCUUCUCUUCCCAAAAGAUGAUGAUAUCCUGCUUGAUUACUUAAAUGAAGAUGGACAGUCCAUUGAGCCCAAUUGGUACAUGCCGAUCAUACCAAUGGUUUUGGUCAAUGGAAGUGAAGGUAUUGGGACUGGGUGGAGUACUUAUGUGCCGAAUUACAACCCUAGGCAAAUCAUUGCAAAUGUGAGGGGUUUAUUGAAGGGUGAAUUGAUGGAGCCUAUGGACCCAUGGUACAGAGGAUUCAAAGGAACUAUUGAGAAAACAGCCACAAAGGAAACUGGGGUAACCUACACGGUUAGUGGAAUUAUCGAAGAAGUGAAUGAGACAACGCUUAGGAUUAUAGAAUUGCCCGUCCGGAGGUGGACUCAAGAUUAUAAGGAAUUCCUAGAAUCAGUCAUGCUUGGGAAUGAUAAGACCAAGGAUCCUUUUAUUAAGGAUUACAGAGAGCACAAUGAUGAUACUUCUGUACAUUUUGAAGUUAUUUUGUCUGAGGAGCAUUUGACAAUGGCUAAGCAGGAGGGUUUGCUUAAGAAAUUUAAGCUCACUACAACGAUUAGCACAAGUAAUAUGCACCUGUUUGAUCCUCGGGGCUUGAUUAAGAAAUAUGACACUCCAGAGCAGAUUUUGGAGGACUUUUUCCCCUUGAGGCUUGAAUUUUAUCAGAAAAGAAAGAAAGUAAAGUUGGAUAAUCUUGAAUUAGACUUGCUGGUAUUGGAAAACAAGGUUAGGUUCAUACUUGAGGUCGUGAGAGGGGAGAUUGUUGUGACCAACAGGAAGAGAAAAGAAUUAUUCCUUGAGCUGCAGCAGAAGGGUUUCACUCCUUUCUCAGAGAAAAAGAAAACUUCCGAACCUGCCGUUGCUGGGGCAAUUGAUGUCAUCAAAGAGAAUGAAGAAAAGUCAGAGGUGAUUGGAGCCAAAGGGGAACGGAUUGGUGAUGAUUAUGAUUAUCUGCUUAAAAUGCCAAUUGAAACAUUGACACUAGAGAAGGUGCAGGAUUUGUGUGGAAAGAGGGAUAGGACUGAGAAAGAGGUUGAUGAUCUCAGAAACACAACACCAGAGUACUUGUGGAUGAAAGAUCUUGAUGCCCUUGACGAGAAACUCGAAGAGCUGGAGAAUGAAGCAAAUGCAGAGGAAGCUAGGAAGGAGUUGAAAGGUAAGGUCAUGACUGGUGCUGGCGCUAAGGGUUCUAGGCAAGCCCCCAAAAAUCCUCGCAAGAACAACAAGAAAACUAGUAAUGCAGAACUCAUAUCUGAGACUUUGGAAACUGCAAUGGAAACAGAGAAUGUUCCUGCCAUAGCGAAACCCAAAGGUAAAGGACCAAAGAAAGCUCCUGCCAAAAAGCAGGAAAAGGCCCCUAUUGUUUUGAACGAUGAGGACAAUGAUGAAAUGCUUGAGCUUAAAGAACGACUAGCUGCUUAUAACCUGGAUUCUUCUCCUGAUCAUUCAGCAGCAAUGGAAACUGAAGCUCCCCAAGUGCCAGCGAGGAAGAAAGUAUCAAGGGCUGCAGCACAGAAAAAGCCGUUAACUAUAACAGAGAUAUCUGAUGGGGAAGAUGAGAAUGAUGAUUUCAGCGAUGAAGAUUUUGAGGUGGAGGUGGUAGCUGCUGCCCCAGAAGUGGGAAAGAAGGGGGGUAGAAGAAAACAAGCAGCAACAAAUGCCAAGUUGGCAGCGGCAUCAGCAUCAAAGAAGAGAGGACAAGAUAAUAAGCAGCAGCCUCAGCUAGUAGGCCAGAAGCUGCUAACUGACAUUUUGAAGCCUGCAGAGAAUCCAGGGAUUUCACCAGAGAAGAAGGUGAGGAAGAUGAGAGCAUCCCCAUUUAACAAGAAGAGUAGUUCAAUGUUGGGCAAGGUAGGUGGUAAUGAAGAGAAGGCAGCGAGUAGCGGAGAGAAGCUGGAUUCCGAUUCUGCUUCUCCUUUAGACGACAUUACCAAAGAAAUGAAUGUUGUGCCUGCAAGGGCUAGGCCACAGAGAGCUAACCGCACGCAGGCCAGGUAUGUUCUUAGUGAUUCUGAGAGCGAUGAGGCCUCUGAUGAUUCUGAUUUCGGACAAGAUGAAGAAGAAGAAGACUAGGCUUGCACACCUAUCUUCAGAAGAAGGCUGCAUUUGAAUUUGUAAUUUGAAAUUAAAAAUUUGAGAUGGGAAAUUGAAGGCUUGUUUCUUCUCCUCCCGCCCUUGGAUUGUCUUUACAUUUCCGACUGUUAAAACCCUUUCACCAAAUGAAUCCCACAAAAUUUAGAGAUUUGUAAAUUAUUUCCUUCUAUGCUAUUAACAUGUUCUAGCAUAUAGAGUUGGUACAACACUGUCCUGCAUUUUAUGUUUUUUAACUUUGAUUUCUUCAUCA